AUGCGAAAGCUAAGCCUCAGCACGGGCGCAGGUAUGUCAAGACAAUCGAAAAGUGUACCGCAGGCGAAGAAGGUGAUGCCACCGGCCGUCCCCGACAUGUACGGGAAGAUCGGGCUGAGCAAUGGUAAUGGGGGCGGCGGUCCACCGACGGCAGUGAUCUACGACACGGGUGACGGUGCGGGUCGGAAUGGUGGGACGGCGGUGGUGGCCGGUACGGUCAUAUUGGAACAUCAUCAUCACCACCAACAGCAACUGACGAUGGAGCCGGGCGGAACGGGUGGUGGCAAUGGGACGGGCCCGCUAACAACUUCCGCUGGUGGUGGUUCUACCUCCGGAGCCGGACCGGCAGGUGGUACGGGUGGAGGUGUAGGUGCCGGCAAUGUAACGACAGCCGCCCCGUCCAGUUUGAUGUUGCGCUGCGGCCCGGACGGUAUCGCCGACUACGGUUUGGACGAUCAGGGCAUCGACUUGACGCAAUCGCCCGGCAGGGACAGUCCGGUUUCGCUUUCCGGAUCGGCCGGUUCCGGUUCGCGCCAUUCGACGGCCAGCUUGGAUUCGGGACGUGCCUCUUCCUAUCUAACCGGUGCUUCCAACUCGUCGAAUCGCAGCGUGAGCGGUGUCGGCAGUUACGGCGUACUGUCUUCGCCACGCUGCUCCGUUAGCUCGUGCUCGAUCGGGUCGGGUAGCGGUGGUGGCCCUACCGGGGCCGGUGGGUGUAGCCACCGGCUGAGCAACCACUCGUCCAGCGGCAGCCGCACCGACCACGAUGUCAUCUCGGAGUGGCUGAUGGAGAUCCACUUCCACGAGUACACGUACCUGUUUCUCGAGGCCGGGUACGAUCUGCCAACGAUCGCGCGCAUGACGCCGGAAGAUUUGACUGCGAUCGGCAUCCGGAAGCCGAACCAUCGCGAACGGUUGAAGCGACACAUUGACGCGCUGAAGCUGCCAGACGCACUGCCCGGUUACGUGCCCGGUUCGAUCGAUGAGUGGCUGCGGUUGCUACGCCUCGAGGAGUAUGUCCAGCCGUUGCUAGCCCAGGGCUACCAGACCGUACACGACGUGACGCAGCUCACCUGGGAAGAUCUCGAAGACAUCGGCAUCGUGAAGCUAGGCCACCAGAAAAAGAUACUGCUCGCAAUCAAGCGCGUAAAGGACAUCAUUAGCGGGAAGAUGAUGGGUGGUUCCGCUGGUUUGGCCGCUUACGGUCUGUCACCCACGAUUGUCCGAUCGCCUGCAGGUGUUUUGCAUGUGCGUGCACACUACGACGAUAUGAGCAUCGGACUCCGGUCGGAUUCUUCCAAGCAGCAACACCAGCACCAUCUAGCGGUGGCGGGCUCCUACAGUACCUUUCUGCGGCAGCAAUCGGUUCCACCACCACCAUCAGCGGCGCUGGCGGCGGCCGGUACCAACGGUGAAUCGGCGCACCAUUUCGGGCACGUCACCACGAUGGCACCGCACCACCAGAUGAUAACGUACCCGCACGUACACUUUGACGGUACGCAGGCGAUCUAUCGGCGCAGCUCGUACGAUGACAGCGACAUCACACCGACGAACGAAAAGGCCUCAUCCGCGCUGUUGGCACUGUCGGAAGAUCAUCACCAUCAUCAUUUCGUUGGGGCGCAGGGUGGGCAGCAACAGCAGAACUGGAUGCAUCAGCAGCAGUUUGUCCAGCAGCAUCAGCAGAUGGUACAGCACCAGCAGCAGUACUUCCAGGGUGGCGGCACACUGCCACGACAGCAUCAGCGUAAUAACUAUGGCGUCCGGUUGGCGCUGCUCAGCGGACCACAACCCACCGCAACGACCGUGGGCGGUGCACGUGGUGGAGCUGUGCGCCCAAUCGCCAAGAUUGUGGCCAACAACCUGAAGCUUCCGUCGCCGGCACUGGACGGUGGUGCGCCCGGUGGUGGUGGUGGUGCUAUGGAUGGGGAUGGUGCGGAACAGGCAGGUUAUCCCGUCCCACUGCCAAUGCCACCGCUGCUCGGACAGAUCGAAAACGUCGAGAUGGCCACGGCGGCCCUGGACGCGAUGCACUUUGCCAACUACACCAGCUCGCCUUAUGCCGUCCAGCAUCAUCACCUGCAUCACCACACGCUGACGCUGGUGGCGAAGGACACCGGUGCACCCGGCGGUACCGUUGCUAACAACCCUGCCGUUUCUGCGGUCGGUGCACAGCCACAGCAGCAACCCAUCUACCACAAUCACCAGUCCAUGCUGUUACAAUCGCACUCCCAGCAGCAGCUGCUCCACCAUCACGCGUCCACCACCUCCUCGACCCAAUCGACCCCGUCGCCACCAACGCUGGGGCCGGGCGGGGUGAUCGGUGUCGGUGGGCCGCAUCUCCCCCACACGUACGGUGGAUAUGCCGGCCAAACGCUGCAAACAACCGUCGAGGUGCACAAGGUGUGCGGACAGCACGACAACAAAUCCAACUCGAGCCUCGAAUCGAUCGAUCAGAUACCGUUCGCGAAUGAGAAUGCCGGCACGAUAAAGCAACGUUCGUCGCUGAACCGGAUGGAGCAUCACUACCAGACAGGGGUACCGGCACAACAGCAUCCACUGCUACUGCACACCCUUUCUUCGUCCUCUUCCUCGUCCUCGUCCUCGCUGACCGGUUCGAUCACGACGACGCUGGCGACGGGCGGCAUACAGCAGCAGCUCUCAUCACCAUCGACCACCCAACCGGUACCGGUUGCAGCACCGGCCGGUAGUGGUAGCAGCAAUCCAACACCAACACCCAGUGCGGGGUCUGCUGGGCCGUCAGCUGCACCAACCUCAUCGACCGCUGCUGCGGCAGCACAACCGGCCGCCGUAGCGAGCGCCGCAAACGCAGAGUCGUCCACAGCACCAGCAACAUCCUCGCAGGACAUUUACGGUACCAAUGUGCUGAACGAUAUCGGCAACAUGCUGGCAAACCUCACCGAUGAGCUCGACGCCAUGCUGGAGGAGGAAAAGUGUGCCGGCAUCAGUGAUAACGAGUAG